CGGCACCUGGCUCGGCGCCCCGCUCCUCUGCGAGAGGCUUGGCGCGGCCGUUGGGGCCGUUGGAGGAGGCGGGCGAGCUUUGACCCCGGCCGUGGCUGGAGGAGGAGGUGGGAGGAGAUGCCUACAUAGAAGAGUGACAGCAGCUGGACUGAAUGUUUCACUGCUGAACUGGUUCCUCAGGUAUCCUGGCUCUGGUGAUUGCUAUGGGAGAGUGGAUGACUGUUACAGAUCCAGAUCUGUCUUCAGAAAGCAAAAAUAUCUGUCAAUAUACCUCAGAAACAAAGAUGUCUCCAUCAAGUUUAUACUCACAGCAAGUGCUAUGUUCUUCAAUACCUUUAUCAAAAAAUGUGCACAGUUUUUUCAGUGCCUUCUGCACAGAGGAGAAUAUUGAACAAAGUGUUUCAUAUCUUGAUCAGGAAUUGACUACUUUCGGUUUUCCUUCAUUAUAUGAAGAAUCCAAAGGUAAAGACACAAAGAGAGAAUUAAAUAUAGUUGCUGUUUUAAAUUGUAUGAAUGAGCUACUUGUACUUCAGCGGAAGAACCUUCUAGCUCAGGAAAAUGUAGAAACACAGAAUCUGAAACUGGGAAGUGAUAUGGACCAUCUACAGAACUGCUAUGCAAAACUUAAGGAACAACUGGAAACCUCCAGGAGAGAAAUGAUUGGGCUUCAGGAAAGAGACAGACAAUUACAGUGCAAGAACCGGAAUUUGCAUCAGCUACUGAAAAAUGAAAAAGAUGAAGUACAAAAAUUACAAAAUAUCAUUGCAAGUAGAGCUACUCAAUAUAAUCAUGAUAUGAAGAGAAAAGAACGUGAAUAUAAUAAAUUAAAGGAGCGUCUGCAUCAACUUGUUAUGAACAAGAAGGAUAAAAAAAUAGCUAUGGAAGUUUUAAAUUAUGUGGGGAGAGCUGAUGGAAAAAGAGGCUCCUGGAGGACGGGUAAAACUGAGGCCAGGAAUGAAGAUGAAAUGUAUAAAAUUCUCUUGAAUGAUUAUGAAUAUCGUCAGAAACAAAUCCUAAUGGAAAAUGCUGAACUUAAGAAGGUUCUUCAGCAAAUGAAAAAGGAAAUGAUUUCUCUUCUUUCUCCCCAAAAGCAGAAACCUAGAGAAAGAGCAGAUGAUAGUACAGGAACUGUUAUCUCUGAUGCUGAGGAAGAUGCUGGGGAACUGAGUAGGGAGAGUAUGUGGGACCUUUCCUGUGAAACUGUGAGAGAGCAGCUUACCAACAGCAUCAGAAAACAGUGGAGAAUUUUGAAAAGUCAUGUCGAAAAGCUUGAUAACCAAGUUUCAAAGGUACACUUAGAAGGUUUCAAUGAUGAAGACGUAAUCUCACGACAAGACCAUGAACAAGAAACUGAAAAACUCGAGUUGGAAAUUCAACAGUGUAAAGAAAUGAUUAAAACUCAGCAGCAGCUUUUACAGCAGCAGCUUGCUACUGCAUGUGAUGACGACACCACUUCACUGCUUCGAGACUGCUACUUGUUGGAAGAAAAGGAGCGCCUCAAGGAAGAGUGGUCCCUAUUUAGAGAGCAAAAAAAGAAUUUUGAAAAGGAAAGACGAAGCUUUACAGAAGCGGCUAUCCGCCUAGGAUUGGAGAGAAAGGCAUUUGAAGAAGAAAGAGCCAGUUGGUUAAAGCAACAGUUUUUAAAUAUGACUACCUUUGACCACCAGAACUCAGAAAAUGUGAAACUUUUCAGUGCCUUCUCAGGAAGUUCUGAUCGGGACAGUCUUACAAUGCACUCAAGGUCACGGCAAAAGAAGCCUCAGAAUAUGUCUAACGGGUCUCCAGUUUGCACAUCUAAACUUACGAAGUCUCUUCCCGCUUCUCCUUCUACUUCAGACUUUUGCCAGACACGUUCCUGUGCAUCUGAACAUAGUUCAGUCAAUGUACUGAAUAUAACUCCUGAAGAAACUAAACCAAAUCAGGUUGGAAGAGAAUGUGCAAAUCAGAAGUGGAGCAUGGCAUCGAGACCUGAGUCACAGGAAGGUUGCUAUAGUGGGUGCUCCUUGACCUACACCAACUCCCAUGUUGAAAAAGAUGACUUACCUUAGACGUGUGGACUGGAACUGUUUUCAUUAACACGUUCAUCAGAUUUCACAUCUAAGUUGAAACAGGGUGUGUCAUAAAGUCAGUCAUCUCUACUAAUUUAAGGUGGUCUGAGUUGUUUGUUUGGACUUUCCUGUUCCUCCCCCAAAGAGCUAAAAUGUUAAAUCUAUUUAAAAGGAUAUAAAAGCUUUGGAUAAUGUAUUUUUAGUAACAGAAGCAUCUGGUUCUGUGAAUAAAGGAAUGUAUAUGUUUGGUCGAAAACAGAAGCACUAGAAUGAGUUUCCUCUUAUAGGUAUUAAAAAUAGCACUUUUAGGAAACUGAUUAUUGUAAAUGUUUAAUUUUGUCUCCUAUAUAGUUGGCAUUGGAAGUUUAGCCUUUACUUGAAUGUAUACUGUAGAUUUUUAACAAAGCAAGUUCUAUAUUUAUUAUGUUUAGUGUGAUUUGAAAUUUCCUCUUUCAUAUGUUUUAAAUAAAGUGAAAUUUAUGUAUGUUUUGUACAUAGAUAUACAUGAUUAUGUUAAGAGGCUUUAAGAUUUAAAAAUUUUACACAUCCAUAAUUAUAGUAUUUCAUGCCAAUAAAAUUUUUUUAGUGGUAUUCUGUUUACAGAUGUAUUAGAGCCAUUGCCACAUUAUGUUUAAGAAUUUUUUGAAUGCAUCUGAGCAAUAAAUACUCAAAAGCUGUUCCAUGAAGCUGACUUCUUCAGAUAAUUAACAUUACUGACAUUGCAUUUUUGAGAUUUCUACAGCAGUAGACUUUUAUAUAUGUAGGAUAUUAUAAUUUUUCAAAGGACUUUUGAUUAUAGGAUAAUAGAGGCAAGAUAAAAGUACCCUUGAAUAAAACAAGUUAAGAAUAUCGGUUUAAGAUACGUGGGAUGAUAGAAGAUAUUUAAGAUAUCAGAAUGGUGAUCUUCUCUUUACUAGAUGGGGACUAGCACUGCAACAUCUGUACCAGCUCGGGCUUUGUAUAGUUGCCAGUAAUUUUUAAAUAAUUUUUCAAUGGAGUAUUUGCCACAAAUGAUAAAGAAAUCUGACAAUGUAAAAAGCAUCAGAUUUUAUCCAAAUAUAAUACUCUGGAUAAACUUGUGUCAUCUCAUUUCCAGAACUGAUUGCAUGUUUCUUCUUGUUACCGAUGAUAAUAAAUGUAGGCCCAGGUUCUUUCCCAGAAUUUGUAUCAAAAAGCUUCAGUGCCUAACCCUGUUUGUCUUUGUACAUAGAAGCCUAUACAGAUCCCAGUUCUAGCUAGAUAUUGUAAAGCUUAUCUGCCUUCCCAUUUUCUAGUAGUUCAACCACUUAUAUACACUCACCCUGUUAGGGGUGUUCCAUUUAAAUCCAUCAUGCUAAGAAAAGAAAAAGUCUUAUUUUUGUCAUCGUUCACUAGAUCUAAGAGUUUGUGUAGCAACCAUUUUUUUCAGGGCUGAUAGAAUAUCUUAUAAGACAGCGAAACUGCUUGUAACACAAUAGCCACGUUUAUAGUCUCAAAAAACUGGCUCUUAGAAAGCAAAGCAGUCACUGCCUUCCGUUCGAUGCAUGGUCACUUCUUCACAGUUUAAAAUAUUAGAAAUGAUACAAAAUUUCUGAGAUUGUACCAUAUUCCAAAGGAGGAAACAACUGAGAUUUUUUUUUUUUAACUAUUGAGCAAUAAUAUGAUCAAAGAAAGGCAAUCAAAUUUAGAAAUAGUCAUUGAUCCAUUUAUCAAGAAUUUUUUUUGGCAGGAGUUUCCAUGAUCUACUUUGCCAGGAAAGAACAUUUUAAUUUUUAAAAUAAAUCUUACUGCAGCGAAUAAUGCACUUGACAAAAAUGGAUUUCUACAAAGCAGCAUCUAUUUUUUGUUCUGUUUCCAUUCUAAGCUGGUUGAAUUCUCAUAUUGGAAGGAACAAUCUCUUGAGACUUAUUUUGAAAUAAAAGGUGUGAAAGAAACAGUCAAAUGAAAGCCAGGUUCCUUAUGUAUUUAAUAAAAAUCUGCAUAGAUCUGCUAGACAUUAUAGCUUUUACUGAACAGCAUCAGUUUUUGCUUUACUGUAAGUUGCAACUCCCAGCGAUUCCCAAUCACGCUUAACUUCCCCGAUGAUUGGAAUGCCUUCUGUGUUGGAAAACUCCUGACUUCACACAUACAACUCCUAGAAUUUUGUUUCCCUUCCCCUUCUCUAGGUAUUUGCAAGGUACUAAUAAUUCAACUAUGCUUCGGUCUUACAUUAAGCCAUGAUUACAUGAUGGCACCACAGGGAGCCUCAGCUUCAAAGUCCUCCUGAUAAAUGUUUUCUUGUUCAUCAAUAUGUAACUGAAAUCUUGUUUGUUUUUACAUGGCAUAUCCAUUUUGAAUUUUCAAAGGACAAAAACGGUAAAGAAAAUUUAAGAGAAAAAUUUUAUUUCCUACUCUUAAACUUUUGUAUCUUGAAUUUAUGAUGAUGAGAAAUUUAGAAGAAUCAUAGCAGAAAAUUAAGAUUAAAAUUUAACUUAAUAAGUAGGUUUUUUGUUUUCUUGUUUUGCUUUGUUUGUUGAAGCAAUGUAUUAAAAUGUUUAGAUGCACAGAAUAGUCCACAGCAAAUUGUUUUCCUUCUGGUGCAAUUAAAAACAGUUGUUACUUGAAAA